GCUCAUUCAGCGGGCAACAAGUGUCUCAAAGCGGAAAAACGAACAUAGCGGUGUUGGAUGGCGCAUAAUAAGAAUAAGAACAUAGACUAGUUACUAUUUGUGGCAUCCAUCAAUCACAAUCGACUCCGUCGGCGACAGGUGCAUUCGCGGUUCUUGUGUUGGUGUUGAAACGGAAGACUGCAAUUUUUCUGUUUAUUAACGGAAGCGGAAACGUCGCAGCGCAACAACAAAAUGGGUCCACUGCUCGUUUUCUUCCUCUACAUUCUUCAAUUGCAAGCGUCAAUACGGAGUGAAAUCAUUGAAGAACCGAAUGUAGAUCUAAACACCAUUUCCGAGACCAGCGAGGGUAAUUCAAAUGAAAAUGAAGUUGACGAGAGAAAUGGCAGCAUUACGGAGGAUCCACUGGACUAUCCUUAUGUGAAGACUGGGCGCAAACAGACAGAAGUGGAGUUUCGCUAUCCAAUUGCAUCACUGAAUGUUGACUACUCGAAGAAUUUGAUUGUAUUGAAAUUUCGCAAAUCGAAAGCCGACGAAGAGGAGGAACGUCGCCGCAAGUCAUUCAAUGAGAAUUUCAUGCGUUUCGGACGCGCCAGCUCGGACUUUAUGCGUUUCGGUCGCGGCGCUGAAGAUUUUAUGCGUUUCGGGCGCAGUGCCAAUGAUUUCAUGCGUCUCGGCAAACGUGCACUCGAGCAGGUGCCGCAAGUGAAUAGUCUGGAUCAGGAGUAUAUUUACAAUAAGAAUGCCGGUGCGAAUAGACGCUUCGAGCGUAGUCAGGAGGGUAUACGUGAUGCACGUGGCGACAAUUUCAUGCGCUUCGGUCGUGCUGCUAAUGACUUUAUGCGCUUUGGACGCGCCUCAGGCGAUUUCAUGCGUUUCGGCAGAAAUCCAUCGGAUUUUAUGCGUUUCGGACGCGGUGGCUCUAAUGAUUUUAUGCGUUUCGGACGUAAACCCCAAACCGACUUUAUGCGCUUCGGUCGCACGCAAAAGGAGCGACGCGCCGCAAAUCAAGACUUUAUGCGUUUCGGACGACCCGACAACUUUAUGCGUUUUGGCAGAUCACCGCUCGCACAACCGACGAUUUCGCCAAAUUUUAUGCGUUUCGGCAAAUCAGAUACGAAUUUCAUGCGCUUCGGCAAAAGUUUGGAACAACAAUGCAAUGAGAAUAGCACAAAGCCGCCCUUGCCCAAAGAGGUGAUCAAAGAAGCUGCGAAGCUCUUACAUCAAGCAGAGCAAUAUGGCGGCGAGGGUGAAAGUAAUCCGGUGGAUAGAGCCAUGAAGGUUCUGUUUAGCAAAGAUGACGAGAGCAAAGCAGCGUCGCGGGAUGAAGGGAGCGAACUUAAUGUGGAUACAACCCACAAUGAUGAUGGAGAAGCAGACUAUGAACUCAAUUUGGUACAAUGAAUCGGCUGCGAAUUUCUCAAGGACUACUCUCUCGCGGAAUUCGAGGAAUAUAUAUAUAAAUGUAUGUAUCUAAAUAUUUGAA